UAUAAACUUACUCUGGCUGAUGUCAUGGGUAUCUUGUUCAGUCCCUGUAUUUGAAGGUGGAGGCAGAGAAGCAUGCAUGCAGUGUGUGUUUGCAAUGCAUAUGUAGCACUGCUGUUCUGGAAUAGAGUAACAGUGACCUUACUGUCACCUGAUGGUUAAUGAAAGCCAGUUUAAAGCAACACCUUUCAUCCUGAAUAGAGACUUUUUUCCAGCUUUUGUUAUCCAGAUACUCUGAUGCUUGGGAAGCAGUCUUGAGAUGACUCUCCUGAGGGAAUGCUCCUGGUUGCGAGUGUUACUGUUGUCACAGUCAUCUUUAGAAAAAUCACACAGAAAUAAAGACAGCUUUUCCAUCUUUCAGAUCAGCUUCUUUCUAAGUAUUUUUUUGUUAGAGCCCAUUGUUUUAAACUUGAAGACAAGAUGUUUGAAAUGCCUGGUAAACAAACAACUUCAUUACAAAACCUUGGAGUCUUGCAAUUUCAAACUAAUGUUUCAAUAAAGUUUUUCUCUCUUCAGGAUCUUCUGGACUUUAGGUUUUGUUGGUCUGUGACUACAGAAGACUUGGAGGAAAAACAGGAAGCCAAAUGUGUCGUCUGGAUUCCUUAGUCAAAGCAUUAAGUAGACAGCUGUUCAUUCCUUAAGUUGCUUUGACUCAUCCUGCGUGAAAGGAAAAGUCAGAACAGCCUUGAAGCUAAUAUUUCUGGUGUUUCGACGAGGAUGUUGGUGUUUCUUUUGUCAGUGAUGAUGAAGCUUUUCCUGCAGUUGGAUGCAUCUGUUUGUCCUGAGGAGUGCGACUGCUCUUUGAAAAACGGAAUUCGUUGUUCUGGUCCCCAUAUAAAAGACUUGGAAUCAUUAAAUCUGCCUUGCAACAUGACAGAAAUUCACAUAAUGAACACUAAUAUAACAUACUUGCAGGAUGCUUUUUCUAGGAUGUUGGAGCUACAGCAUCUCAUCUUAACUUCAAAUAAUAUCUCUAUGAUUUCACCAACGGCUUUUAAAGGCUUGAGUAGGCUAAAAGUCCUCAAACUGCAAGAUAACAAGCUGGUUGAGCUUCCUGCAGAAGUGUUUGAUGACAUGGAAUGCCUUCAGCAAUUGGUCAUUGAAAAUAACAGGUUGAAUCGCAUAGAAGAGAAUCUGUUUGACAGACUCGUCAGUUUGGAGGAGCUUUUUUUGAACAAAAACCAACUAACAGCGCUUCCUAGUGGCAUACUAAAGAAACUUGCCAAACUCAAAGUACUGAACUUGUCGAGAAACUCUUUGGCAGCACUGCCUAGGACUAUAUUUAGUGCAUUGACAGGACUUCAGAAGCUGAUGCUGUAUUUUAACCAGCUCCCUUCAAUUGAGUCUGGUUCGUUCAAUAGCUUGAAGGAGCUGCUAGAACUCUUCCUGCAUUCCAAUAACAUCCAGUCAAUUGCCCCUGAUGCAUUUCACUGUCUCCAUAAACUGAAAAUCCUAACGCUCUCCAGAAACAAGCUUGAGCUUUUGCCUCCUGGGCUUUUUCUGCACUUGCAUAACUUGUCUAAAUUGACCUUGUACAGGAAUCCACUGAAGUCUCUUCCAGAAGUAUUGUUUGGAGAAAUGAGGAAUCUUGGUAGCCUGUGGUUGUAUCACACAAAGAUCUCAACUCUACCAGAUUUUGUGUUCAGUAACUUGACAAAUUUAGAGCUUCUCGUGCUGAGUUUCAAUCCAGAACUUAGUGUUCUUCCUAAGAAUGUGUUCAGUGGUCUGAAUGAACUGCGGGGCCUGUCUCUGCAUACAAGUAAUAUUUCCAGUCUGCCAGAGGACAUCUUCCUGAGCCUUCCGAAGCUGCAGAAUAUUUCCAUUUUUGAUUCAAGGCUUGAGUUCUUUCCUAGUAACCUCUUUCAUAAUCUCAAGCACCUUCAGAAAGUUUACCUCAAUAAUACUAAGCUGCAGUCUCUUCCUGGAGAAUUUUUUACCACUUUACCUGAGCUGCAAGAAGUCUUCCUUGAUAACAACCCUUGGAAAUGUGAUUGCCAAAUUCUUGGCUUCCAGGAAUGGCUCCAAAAGAGCACUGAUAUAGUAAGGAAAGCACAGUCUCUGGUGUGUGACAGCCCACUGGCACUGAAGAAUAUUCCUCUUGUGGCUCUAACAGAUCAUCACCUGAAAUGCCUGCCAUCCACAACCACUGUAUACCAGACACUGAGGAGCUCAGCUCAUUCCCAAAUUUCAACUUCCCUGGUGACAGAAGAGCUGAAAUCAACUUUGGCGGCCACUAUAACACCGGUGCCCAGCACAGAUACUAAUGCACCCACGUCGAUGCCCCUUGCAACUCUAGAUUUUACCUAUUCACGUGUUCAGAGUGUUGGACAGUCUCAUUUCUCAGAUGUUCCAAACCAAACUUCUCCCAGCAUCAUAGUAGAAACAAACAGUGUAAGAGGAACAGAUUUAACUACUCUUGCCUCGCGGGAGGAGUUGCCAGCCGGCAUGAGUGCUGAGCCGUAUUUUAAUACUAGAGUUGCCUAUUGUCAGUUCUUCUUGUGUCUUCAUAGUUUGAUUUUAGCAGUCCAAAUUGCAACUGUUGUGAUCACUCUGUAUGUGAUGUGUAAAAUUAGGCAAAUCUUACACUCUAAAGAUAUUCCUGCUCAGCCUGUUGUUUUGAUAAAAAUUAUUAAAAAAGUAGAGAAUAUUAGCCAAGGAAGGGAUUAGAAACAUUAUUUUGGAUGCAGGUCUUGCAUUUGGGUGUUUCCUGCUUGAUUCAGAUACGGAUUACAAAUCUUACAUAGCAAAAACCAUAAAUGCCUUGUCUUUACAGCAUAUUGAAAAUGUGCUUUUAUGUAGCUUACAGUAUUUUCCAAAAGUGAUUGUAAUCACUGUAUAUUGUUGCAAUACACAGUGCAAGGGAGAGAGAGCUAGAAGGAAAUCUUGUGGUCGCCUCUUCAUGCAGCUGAGGCCUGUGGCUCAUUGCAGUUGUGUUCCUGGUGAACGCUGUAUAUAAAGUGCUGCUUGCUGUUGUGCUCAGGCUGCUGAAAGAGGGAGAGCACUUCUGAAUGACCCGUGUGCUCUACUGGGCUCUGUGUUUGGAAGAAAAAAAGGCAGCCAAGUAGGGAAGCAGACACAGGGAACACCGAUGUGUUUUAACCAUUGCUUAAAGGUUGCCUAUAGCACUCUAUAUACUUUCCAGGGCAUGGGAGGGAGAAGGUGGUAUUAAGCAUACCCAAAGAAAAGACUAUUUAAUAAAGUUAACAGCAACUUCCUCUAGCCUAACCAGAGAAGGCUAAAUAAGAUGCUGAAAUGGAAAAGUAUAAUCUUAAUGUAUUUUGUUUCUUUCUUUUUUUUUCUGAAGCUUUGUAAUAAUUCAUACAAAUAUGAAUUUCAAGUAAAUACUCUUUCAUCUUUAAA